AAGAACACCCGCGUUUUUUCGAACCCACAAGUGCCCCCUCUAUAUAUAGAAUACAUUUUUGUAGAUACAUCCAUCAUCCACAUCUCUUCUUCAAUCUCUAUACACUAAUCGAUUCUCGUUAAUAAGAGCAUCACACCAUCACUUGUGAAUCAUAGACUCUCUCUCUGCGAUUGUUCAACGAGUUCUCACUUCGUUGCUUUUGUUCAGUUGGGGUUUCAUUCGGCUAGGGUUCAUUUUCGGACUAUGGAAGAGCCGAACCCCUGUAACUAGAGUUUUGCAUCGGCGGUGAUGGGGAAGAGGAACGCCAUUGUUGUGUCUUCAUCAGACGACGACGACGAUAAAAACUUGUCGUUGGGUUCGAAUUUGAGCCAUUCGAAGCCCAAAUCAAGAGCUUCCUCAGUUCCUCGAGCAAGUAGUAGAAGGUCCAAGAAGACUCGCCUCUCGGAUUCUUAUGCCAUAUCGUCUAGAGAAUCGAAUGGAUUUGAUGAGAUCAAACUGUUCUGUGAGGAUUUUGAUGAUGGGUUCAGUGGUUUCAAGAUAUCUACUGGUUCUGCAAGGAGCAAUAGGAAGGACCUAUGGGUCGAUAAAUAUAAGCCCCGUUCCUUGGAAGAGCUUGCUGUGCACAAAAAGAAGGUUGAAGAAGUUAAACUGUGGUUUGAGGAAAAAUUGAGAAAGCAAAAGGAGGAAUUUUGUAAUAAUGUCCUUCUCAUCACUGGACAUGCUGGAGUUGGAAAAUCUGCGACUGUCCAUGUGAUUGCAUCUCAUCUUGGAGCCACAGUAUGUGAAUGGGAGACACCCAUUCCAACAAUUUGGCAGGAACAUUUGCAUAACUCCAAUUCAGGGAUGCACUACACAUCGAAGUUGGAUGAGUUUGAAAAUUUUGUUGAGAGGAUAAGGAAGUAUGGACUAAUUCCCUCGUCCUUCAAUGGAGGAUCACAAACAUCAAACAUACUCUUAAUUGAUGAUCUUCCCCUGGCAAAUGGGAAAGUUGCUUAUGAAAGACUAAACAGGUGUUUGCAUCUCCUUGUGCAAUCUGCUCUAAUUCCAACAGUUAUAUUGAUCACCGAAUGUGGUAAGGAUGAGUCUUCAGACCACAGCCCACGGAACUUGGAAGAGCUUCAGUUGUCUCUUCAGAGAGCUGGUGCUUGUAAGGUGGCUUUCAAUCCUAUUACAGUAAAUUCCAUUAAGAAGACGCUUUCUAGAUUAUGCAGAGAAGAGCACUGUAAUGUGGAUGCUGAACAGGUAGAUCUAAUAGCAAGAGCGAGUGGAGGUGAUAUCAGACAUGCGAUUACAUCUUUACAGUACUUCUGCGUGAAACCGCACCUGAGGCGUUCUUUAACAUUUUCCAGUGGUACUCCCACUUAUUUGAAAGAAAGAUCGGAUGAGAUCAAUCGUUUAGAUGAUGGAUUUUCUUUACCAUUAGGUAGAGAAAUGAAAACUCUUUCCCUCUUUCAUGCCCUGGGAAAAUUUCUUCAUAACAAAAGAGAGACAGAAAGUUCAAUUUCAUUGGACCACAAUGCAUUUCUUUUGAAGGAGAGAUUUGCUAGACUUCCAUUGAAAAUGGAUGCUCCAGAAAAAGUUCUUUGUAAAUCACAUGGGCAAGCAAGGCCUGUCGCUGAUUUUCUACAUGAAAAUGUUCUAGAUUUCCUGAGUGAGGAAGCUAUGGAUGAUGCAUGGGUUGUGACUUCAUACUUGAGUGAUGCUGAUUUCCUUCUUGCUUCACUAAGUGGAAUGCGAAGCAGAAAUUAUGAGGCAGAGAAUAUUGUACAAUCUUCUGCUGCUUCAGUUUCUGUGCGAGGUGUGCUAUUUGGAAAUUUUCAUCCAUCACCUUCCAGGUGGCAUGCAAUUCGACGUCCAAGGCUCUGGCAGGUUGAGCAAUCAUUACGGCACAAUAAGUUGAAUAUGGUAAGCCAAAGAUGUGUUGCUUAUGAUGGCCUGAGCUUAUCUGACUUGUCGGUUGUUGCUACCGAGUUUAAACCCGUCCUUAAAUGGCUUGGAUUUAGAGAAUCUGAAGGUCGAGAGGCUCAACUUGCAUCAACAAAGGAUAACAUGUUGAAUGAUGACAGCUUUGAUGGCACUAGCUUGGACAACGAAGUUAAUGAAACUACCGAUGAUGAAAUAGAAGAUUGGUGAGUCCUAGCAAAUGAUCUAGGAAAUUUGGGAUGAGAUCUGGAUUUCUCAUAUGUAAAUUUUGUAAAAUGGUGAUUUUGUUUUUUGGCUAGUAAAAUGGUUGUCAGACGUUAUGGCUUUCAAUUCCAUAUUUUUUUGGAAUGUCCAAGUGCAAUGCCAUUCUCAAAUUUAAAAUUUAUAGUUGCUUUCUUCAGUUCCGGGCCUUGUAAAAUAGUGUGUUCUUUUUGUCUGGACUGGCAUAUUUUACGAAGUCUAAAUUUAGUUAAAUAUAUUGCUAUA